CUUAACAAAGGCGCGCCCGCGCACAUUCGUUCACUCACAAAAUAAUUUCAGUAUCCAACCCCCAACAGUGCACUGUGCACCCGCAAUUUGAUGAAUGGAAAGGGACAUCAGUUACAAAACACCUACGUGUAGUGUAAUGGAAUUCUGCGAUUGUCAUUAGGGCUACACUUGUAGCCUUAAUUGAUGCAUCACUGUUGUUAACGCUCGCCUCGGUCUCGGCCACUCAUCUUCACCUUGUCCGCGAUGUUUCUGCCUCUGCACCUUGACAAAAUGUGUUCACAUAAUCGCUAAGCAUGGUCUCUGAGGACAACUAUCACAACGUUACAACUGUGCAGCGCACCUCAGAGAAGUGCAUGAAGAAACAAAGGAAAAGCGAGACUAGCGCCAUCCACCUCUCCUCUCUAGUGGUGGAGGGCGAAAGGAAGCUUGAUGCAAGCAGUUUGACAGUUUAUGAUGACGGCCAGAAGGUGAAGGUGGUGUAUGAGGUAUACCCUGGUGAUGUCCGCAUCAUGGAGAAUGAUGCCCACUCCCAAAGACUGUUCCAGGUCACCAGCAGAGAUGGUGGAGGAAGGGUGCCCUCUCCAUCGGACGUAGUCACCAACGGCACGGGACAGAACGACCUACAGGACCAGAAUGCUCCUAAGGUCUGUAACGUAAUGUUGAUUUGUGAUGCCUCCAGCAGCCAGCCCUGCUCUGGGCCUGAGGACAACUCAACAGACACACACGAGACUCUAACAGAGACUUCAACUAUGACCUUUGUGGAUGCACACACCAUUGAUGAGUCGGGGGAGACACACAGCCUUCUCUGUGUAAUAGAGGUACACAUUAAUAAGGAGUUUGUCCUCAUUGAUGAUGAUGAUGACGGUGACAUGUCCCUAAGAGAGAAGACUGUCACUAACAUGUCCAUCAUGGAUGGUAAUGCUGCAGACCUGGUCUGUGGCAGACGGCUGUCCAUCUCUACUGACACUUUCUCUGAGUGUAAAGAGGAGAGUGUGGCCCCGGAACCCACUUCACAAGCAGACACACACACUAAAAAGCAGGCCUGUUGCUUCUGUUCCAUUCUAUGAUCAUUCUAUCUGUUCCUUUUUAUGACCAUUUCAUCCGUUCACACUGUAUCAGAGGCAGAGCACAUACUGUAGUAAAUUUUAGUUUUUGUAAUUUUGUAUGAAUUUUCUAUCAAUCAAUCCCUAUUGUCUUCAAAAGCUACACACUACUCUGCACAAAAUGUGUGGUAAUGUUACAAUUAUGGUUAUUUGUCAUGUCAUGUCACUGCACUGUAUUUGCAUCGAUUUUGCGUUCUUAUUUACAGUGUUGGGUAAUACGAAAUAAAGGUGCAUAGUGAAAUAAUCAGCAUUUCUCUUAGCUACUUAGGACCACUUUGAAUGCCUCUUGAAUCAAACACUGAUCUGAAUAAUAGGUUCUCUACAGAAAGCCUUUGAGUGUGUCAAGACUUCCGCCGAAGUCGGUUCCUCUCCUUGUUUGGGCGGCGUCACCGGUCUUCUAGCCAUCGCCGAUCCACCUUUCAUUUUCCAUUUGUUUUGUUUUUUCCAUUUGUUUUGUCGGGGUGGUCGCGAGAGUGCUCGGGGAGGUGUUAAGGGGUUUCCGUUGGUGCUACUACGGUGGAACGUCCAGACCAGGUCUCCACCAUGCGCAUUCCCCCCGAAUAUUCCGUUUUGGCUCUCUUUUUGAGUCAAUUACCACCCCAUCGUCGGGGGGAUUGUGCGAUAAAUCUCCUGGUAGACGCCGCACUUCCCCGGAGUCACGUGUAUCCCCUGUCACAGGCGGAGACAGCGGCUAUGGAAACAUAUGUCUCCGAAUCCCUGCGUCAGGGGUACAUUCGGUCCUCUACUUCACCCGCCUCCUCGAGUUUCUUUUUUGUGAAGAAGAAGGAGGGAGGUCUGCGCCCAUGUAUUGACUAUCGAGCUCUUAACCAGAUCACUGUGAAGUACAGUUACCCGCUACCUCUCAUAGCCACAGCAAUUGAGUCAAUGCACAGGGUGCGCUUCUUCACUAAACUAGAUCUCAGGAGCGUUUACAUUCUGGUGUGAAUCCGGGAGGGAGACGAGUGGAAGACAGCAUUCAGUACCACCUCAGGGCAUUAUGAGUACCUUGUCAUGCCGUACGAGUUGAUGAAUGUUCCGUCAGUCUUCCAAGCCUUUGUGGACGAGAUUUUCAGGGACCUGCACAGGCAGGGUGUAGUGGUGUAUAUCGAUAACAUUCUGAUAUACUCCGCUGCACGUGCCGAGCAUGUGUCCAUGGUGCGCAGGGUGCUUGGUCGACUGUUUGAGCAUGACCUGUAUGUCAAGGCUGAGAAAUGCUUGUUCUUCCAGCAGUCCGUCUUCUUCCUAGGAUACCGCAUUUCCACCUCAGGGGUGGAGAUGGAGAGUGACCGCAUUUCAGCCGUGCGUAGUUACUGUCACGACUUCCGCCGAAGUCGGUUCCUCUCCUUGUUCGGGCGGCGUUCGGCGGUCCUCGUCAUCUGUCUUCUAGCCAUCGCCGGUCCACCUUUCAUUUUCCAUUUGUUUUGUCUUGUUUUCCCGCACACCUGGUUUACAUUCCCUCAUUACUUGACGUGCAUAUAACCCUCUUCUCCCCAUGUCUGUGUGUGGAAUUGUUUGUUGUAAAGUUAUGUGCACUUCAGACUGGUUUGCGACGGGUUAUUUCAACACGUAUUUUGUUGUUCUGGGUGCAGUUUGUUUUGCCUCAUUGAAGUGCUCCGGUUGUUACCUAUUUCUGCUCUCCUGCACCUGACUUCCCUGCAGCCAGUUACGCACCGCUUACAGAGUGAUCAUGUGUUGAUUUCCAUUUAUGUUCUGCUUGCUCUUCUUUACUUUAGAUACACUUUGAGUACUUGUACUUUUUGUACUAAUAUGUGUCCUUUGUUUACCGUACAUUCAAUAAACUUCACAUUUUUUGCAUUCCUAAA